GCGAGGAAUCAUCUGGUCAAAGGUACAUACCAUUCCAGCAGGAUGGGCUAGAAUAGUAGCUGUAGCCUUAGAAUAAAUAUAAAAGAGUUCCUAGCUAGCCCGUUGUCCUCUUUCAUGAGUAGUUGGAUUUUCACCACCUCGGAGACCGUCCAUUAGAAGACUGGAGACCGUCCAUGGAUAUUCAUUAGAACAAGACUGAAGAUUGAUCUUGACAAACAUGCCACUACUUCUCCCGCAACGGCCCGAACUCCACCACGCAGUUGGACCAUGGCUGCCCGUGCGCCUUUUCGCUGCUGCCGCGCUUACGGUCGUCAAUUUCGUGACGGCGCAGAUGGGCAGUUCGACGGAGACAACUACGCCAUUCUCAGUAGAAGAGUACGGUAUGGUUGGGGCUACGGGUUUUGAUAACGCGUACUACCAAGCCUAUCAAUAUCGGGGGAGUCGAAUCUUGGAGCACGGAUCAGUGGCGUAUCGGAGCUUCCGGUGGACACAGAGCGGGGACGUUUCUAGCGAUGGUAAGCAUCUUAUAGGCCUAGUAGAUAUUCUACUUGACGCCAUUAGUAUACUUCUUGGUGGAGGAGAUAUCAAUCCUUGGUUCUUCCACAUGGCGGUCCUUGAUGAAUGUGGAAUGAUGGCCUUGUGGUUGCACCUUUAGAAGGUUCUCAUUACUUUAAACUGCUUCGACGUUACUUCAUCUUUCUACUUCCCAAGGUUUCGCCUACCUUGUGGAUAACUCAUACCAUGCUUCAUCUUUCUACUUAACAAGGUUUCGUCUAUCUUGUGGAUAACUCAUACCAUGUGGUGCUGGAACUGGCGCCAAACACGACGCGGGCAGGCACAACCUAUGUCUCCUGGCCAGCGCAAUAUCGUGUGCUUAGUGCUAUGACUGGAUUCGGAGACAGUUUUCACGAACUUCUGAUAUAAGAAGAGCAGUUAGAAGAUUCCUUUUUAUCAUUAACAAGGCGUAUGGUGCGCCUGUUGGCUUUACCCUAGUAGAGCUUACUGUCAGAGUAAGCAGGUCCUCUAGUACCAGGUUGAGGACGCGAAGGAAUCAAUGUCAAUCUAGUGAACAAUCUAUCAAUAUCUUUUCGUCUAAUAGCCGCGCCUACGGGAGAUCAGGUUACUUUGAUGGCAUCUACGCCAAGUCUCUUUUCAACGGACCUAUGGGCAUUUCGAUUGGGAAAGUUGGAAUUUACAUUAUGUCUUGGCGGCCAUUGACUUUGACAUCUCAGGAGCAGGAGCUACAACAAAGCUCCUACUUGAUCAUUCGUACUUAAUCAAGAAGGAAGGACAGCAUCAUAGAAGACGAGCUGCACAGUAUUUCCAAGAUUUACCGUCCGCGUCUCUCCUUCUCUCGACUCUAGUGCUCCUACAACAACUUCUAACUCCUUCGCGGACACUCGCAACCAUGCUUUGCGCCUCCUGA